UAUAACAGUUCCCUUUGUGUUCACUUUAUCAGUUCAGUCCUGCUGAACCCUCUCAGUUUCAUGUCGAUGCGUUUCGAGCGCCGAGACGCCUCGGUGGGUUCCAGUUGGACGAUGACCGAGAUGAAGCCAGAGCCACUGGACUACGUGGAAGACUUUCAGGAUUAUCUCGACCAAGAGAACCACCAUGAGACACUAACAGGCUCCGUGGAGGAGGAGGAGGAGGAACAGACCGAGCAUGCUGGAGAAGAUCUGUUCGAGGAGGAACACGCCACAGCCAUGGACCAGCUCGCCUCCAUCGAGGUGUACGUGGACGACGAAGCCUUACCGGACGGCUUCGAGAAGAUGGACGACGGGCGGAUGAAGUGCCGUUACUGUAACUACACCAACAGGAGCACGACCAGACUCAUCGAGCACGUGCGCAUACACACCGGCGAGAAGCCGCACCGCUGCCAGCUGUGCCCGUUCUCCUCGGCCUACCUGCGCCACCUGGAGGCCCACCUGCGCUCCCACGCCGGCGAGAAACCCUACAAGUGCGGCCUGUGCUCCUUCCGCUGCAACGACCGCAGCAACCUCUCGCGCCAUCGGCGGCGGCACCACAAGUACCGCGCCAAGACCACGCGCCAGCAAGCGGCCCCCGAGCCCCCGAGCGCCCCCCAGGAGAGACCGGCCUCCCGGCCCCACGGUCAGGCUCAUCCCCCGGACGACCUCGGCCCUCAGCCGGCGGCGGGCGAGGCGCAGGACUACGCCAACGGGUUCUGUCCCAAAUCGCCGGUGCAGACGGAAAACCCGCCGCACCCCAACCAGGAGGCGCCCGCGGCGUCGCUCAGAGAGGAGCAGCUGGACCUCACCGCCACGCACAUCAUCCUGAGUCCCGGGUCGUCCUCGGCGACGGUGCCACACGUCCCCCCUCGGACGCUCUACUUCUGCUCCCACUGCCAGACGUACUUCUCCGACAACGUCAUGUAUACCGUGCAUAUGGGUUGCCAUGGAUACGACCAGCCCUUCCAGUGCAACGUGUGCGGCGAGCACUGCGGCGACAAGUACACGUUCGCCUGCCACUUCGCCCGAGGCCUGCAUCGCAAGUGACCCGACCGACGUCCAGAGAGUAUUUAUUGGAUGGUCGGUAUAGUCAGAUCCAAAAUGAUUGGCGCACACCCCUCCCUCCGCCCCAUUCUUAACUGGCACCGCUGUCCAGAUCCUUCAGGUUCCUCGGUUGUGGACUUUCUUGUGGACUCUACUCUUCAGCCCAGCCCAAGCUAUCCAGUAAGCUUUAGGUCAGGAGACUGGGAGGCGGAUUUUCAUUUUUCAUCUCCAGAUACUUCAUGGAGUCCAUGGUGCAAUGUUUUUUAACAAGGUUCCCGGGGCCUUUGGAGAAAACCUAACCCCUUAAUGAUUGGAAGUUAUUUUCUAAAUAACCGUGGGAUAAUGGAGCCUAGUGGUUAAGGUACUUGCCACUACAGUACUGUAAGUAACUGAGGGUUAAGGGCCUUGCUCAAGGGCCCAACAGUGACAAUCUGGCAGUGGUGAAGUUUGAAUCAGCGACCUUUUGAUUACUAGUCUAGUACCUUAACCACUAGGCUACAACUGCCUGCUGGUUCAAUCGGCACUGGUUCAAGCCCCACAACUGCCAGGUUGUCACUGUUGGGCCCUUGAGCAAGGCCCUUAACCCUCCAUCGCUUAGACAGUACACUGUCACGGUACUGUAAGCCACUUUGGAUAAAAGCAUCUGCUAAAUGCUGAAAAUGUAAAUGUCAUGACUGAGAGUUUGUGGUUCCAAAAAUUCAACACCCUGGUGCUUACGUUUGGGGUUAGAUCUCAAACGGUGCCAUUUGAUUCUCCAGCUGUUAUAUGAAGUGGAAUUUUUGCCUCUCUGACCAUCCUCCUCACUCCAUUGCAUCUCAUUCUGGCAGGUUCAUUACACACCUUUGAGGCACACCUCAUAUUUAUCCCCUAAUUAAUGACCGCUUAAGAUUCCCUAAACUCUUAAAUAAGCUUAAAUUCAGAUUCGGCUAAUUAACCACAAACACUUAAUCCUUGAUAAUUUAACCCAUCUGUUCCACGGGUGCCAAUAAUCCCGCAUUUGACGGUUUACUUCUAUUCUAGUAAAGUCAUGUUUACUUUAUUAUUCUUUCUACAUUUAUGAUGUAAAGACAUUCGAUCAAAGUGCCCCACGGUGGCUGUUUUAACGUUGGAACAGUGUUACUACGAUAGGCUGUGGACCCACCACAACCCUGUCCAUGAUCAAGCACCGACUGUUGGUAAAGGAAUGAAGGAUUUAGCUCUUAGCUUAGUUAGUCAAGAGUGUCGAAGACGUACAGCGAUCGAUACUCGUGAGAUUUUGCAAAUGAGAAGCGAAGUGACACUCAAGAGCAUCAAGAGACUUGCUUUCUUGUGCCGGUUUGAACCAUAAUCUUGUAGUUUCUGUUAAAUUUGUUUCUAAGGAAAAGAAAAAAUGACUUUUUAAUAAAUCAAAAUGAAAAUAAACAA